AUGUUUAAAGUUUUGCUAGUUUCUUUCAUUUAUUCAUCUAUUGAUUUGUCUAUUUCCCAUUCUUUCUUUCUUUCUUUCUUUCUUUCUUUCUUUCUUUUAUCAUUUCUUUCUUUCUUUUUUUCUUUCAUUUAUUCAUCUAUUGUAUCUAUUUUCCAUUCUUUCUUUCUUUUAAAUAAAGUGCAACCUAUCCGCGAGUAUAUACGCUAUCUAUCUACCGAAUUCUCUUCAUAUCUAUCUAUCUAUCUAUCUAUCUUGUUCAAUCUUUUCAUAUCUAUCUAUCGAAAUCUCUUCAUAUCUAUCUUGUUCAGUCUUUUCAUUUCUAUCUAUCUUUCUUGUUCAAUCUUUUCAUAUCUAUCUAUCUAUCUAUCUAUCUAUCUAUCUAUCUAUCUAUCUUGUUCAAUCUUUUCAUAUCUAUCUAUCUAUCUAUCUAUCUAUCUAUCAUAUCUAUCUAUCUAUUGUCAUUUCUUUCUUUCCAUUAUCUAUCUAUCUAUCUAUCUAUGGCCGUUUCUUUCUUUCCAUUAUCUAUCUAUCUAUCUAUCUAUCUAUCUAAUACCGUUUCUUUCUUUCCAUUAUCUAUCUAUAUAUCUAUCUAUAGCCGUUUCUUUCUAUCUAUCUAUCUACCUAUCUAUCUAUCGCCAUUUCUUUCUUUUCAUUAUCUAUCUAUCUCAAUGUUUUUACUCUCUUUCUAAUACCGUUUCUUUCUUUCGAUUAUCAAUCUAUAUAUCUAUAUAUCUAUGGCCGUUUUUUUCUUUCCAUUAUUUAUCUAUCUAUCUAUCUAUCUCCAUUUCUUUCUUUCCAUUUUCUAUCUAUCUAUCUAUUAUCUAUCUAUCUAUCUAUCUAUCUAUCUAUCUAUCUAUCGCCAUUUCUUUCUUUUCAUUAAGUAUCUAUCUAUCUAUCUAUCUAUCUAUCUAUGGCCAUACCUAUCAUAUUCUCUCUCUGGUCAUAUCUAUCUAUCUAUCUAUCUAUCUAUCUGCGCAAUUAUCACCGUUCGUAAGUGACAUGAAUUUAACUUCUUUUCUUUUCUCAUCGGCAGCAACUCGUUUCAAUUGCUUCCUGCAGGCAAUUAUCCGUGUAAUGGCCAAUCUAUUGUCCGUAUUCGCAUCAGCAGCUCGAGAUGCUAACCAAUCAGUAGCUAUCUAUCUAUCUAUCUAUCUAUCUAUCUAUGUCCGUUUCUUACUUUCCAUUAUCUAUCUAUCUAUCUAUCUAUUGCCAUUUCAUUCUUUCUAUCUAUCUAUCUAUCUAUCUUAUCCAUUAUCUAUCUAUCUAUCUAUAUAUUGCCAUUUCAUUUCAUUCUAUCUAUCUAUCUAUCUAUCUAUCUAUCUAUUUCCAUUUUUCUUUUAUCUAUUUCCAUUAUCUAUCUAUCUAUCUAUCUAUUUAUUUCAUUCUUUCUAUCUAUAUUAUCUAUCCCAUUUCAUUAUCUAUCUAUCUAUCUAUCUAUCCAUAUCAUCUAUCUAUCUAUCUAUCUAUCUCUUAUCUAUCUAUCUAUCUAUCUAUUCAUUUCAUUCUUUCUAUCUAUCUAUCUAUCUAUCUAUCUAUCUAUCUAUCUAUCUAUCUAUCUAUUUCCAUUUCAUUCUUUCUAUCUAUCUAUCUAUCUAUAGCCGUUUCUUACUUUUCAUUAUCUAUCUAUCUAUCUAUCUAUUUCCAUUUCAUUCUUUCUAUCUAUCUAUCUAUCUAUCUAUCUAUCUAUCUAUCUAUCUAUCUAUUUCCAUUUCAUUCUUUCUAUCUAUCUAUCUAUCUAUAGCCGUUUUUUUUUCUUUCCAUUAUCUAUCUAUUUCAUUUCAUAUCUAUCUAUUUCUUUCUAUCUAUUGGAUCUAUCUAUUUCUAUUUCCAUUUCAUUAUCUAUCUAUCUAUCUAUCUAUGGCCGUUUUUUAUUAUUAUCUAUUUUAUUUCCAUUUCAUUUUUCUAUCUAUCUAUCUAUUAUCUAUCUAUCUAUCUUCUAUUUCAUUCCAUUUUCUAUCUAUCUAUAGCCGUUUCUUUUCAUUAUCUAUUUCAUGGCCGUUUCUUUUAUCUAUUAUCUCUUUCUUUCCAUUAUCUAUCUAUCUAUCUAUCUAUCUAUCUAUCUAUCUAUCUAUCUCUGUUUUUCGAUUUCUUUUUAUGAUUCUAUUUCUAUUUAUCUAUCUAUCUCAAUGUUUUUACUUUCUGCUUUUCUAUCUAUCUAUCGAAUAUAACUCUGUAUCUAAAGCGUGGAUUAAUAAUUUUAGUCUAUUCUAUAAUAGCAAAUAA